AUGGCUGACAGCUCUGAAAUAUCUGCUCUAUACCCACCACCCCCACCUUACUACAAACUUUUCACACAUACAAAUGUUAAAAAGUUCAACGAACUUCGAAAAGAAGGUCUAAAUGAUGAGCAGCUAGAGGAAAUUCCAGACAUAAAAUUUCUUGUCCGUCCUAAGCUUCCCACAAAGGAGCAAUAUCGAAGUUUUGGAGAUCUAUGGUGGUUUGAGGAUAAACAGGUAAGUUUAAAAGAAAAUAAUCUCACUAAAGCAUAUAUUGAAGAAGAAGAAGAGGAAGAGGUUUUUACAAAGGCUCGUAUUGAUGAAUUGAAAAAGAUGACUAAAUCCCUUCUUCUCAAUUUUCUUGAGUUGGUCGGCUUACUCUCUUCAAAUCCUAAACUAGCUGCCAAAAAGAUUGAUAACAUUCGUACCAUCUUGAUCAAUAUACAUCACUUGCUUAACUCUUACCGAUUACACCAAAGCCGAGAGACCCUUAUCCUGAGUAUGCAGAAAAAGUUGUCUGAAACUCAAGAUGAAAUUCAUGGAAUCAGAACUACUUGUUCUCAAGUAGAGGUCAAGCUAAACACACUAGUAGAACGCUUACAACAGCUGCAGAAUGCCGGAGGGAAAGAAACUGAAAUUAAUCAUGAGUAUGAUUUAGGCAAAAAAAUGUACAAUGUUCCUAAGGAGUUACGAAAUGAAGCUACAGAGUUUUUACUAAAGCAACAAAAAAGAUGA